CCUUCAACAAGUGGUUCGUGUCAGCCACAGACGGCAACCAUCCCGUUAAUCAGUCGCCAAGGGCUUGGUUCGGUCCUGGCCUCGCUCGAAACAUCUCUCAGGAAAUGCAAGUGAUGGAUCAUUCCCUGCACGCACAUGUUAUAUGUUGCAUGGAAUGUUGAUUUUUAUACACAUCGUCCUCGUUAUCUUUUAUAUCUGCCACUGGGAACAUCGUGUGACCCUCCCAUUCACACCAAUGAACAAUGAUUUUUGGCCUGUAGUGCUGAGUGCUUCACUGCAGGCAUUUGACAACGUCUACACGGCUGUUCUACUCUUCCUUACUCAACGGCUCGCGAUGUCAAGAAUGCUUGCACGUCGUUUGAAAUUGACGAUAUCUCUGGUGCAUGGGCGGGCCUCGGCGCUGCGCUCAGUAGUGUCUAGCGACAAAGUGACAUCCCUGCCUCGUGGUGGACGACUUUCGCUGUGACUGCCUAUCUUGCGAGUAUUUCCGUGCUGCAUGUUACCUCUUCCACUCUCCUACAAUUUCAGACAUUCAAUACUUCUACAACGACUAAUGUGCCAACAAUGCUAGGAUGGCGAAAUGACCUAGAAGAGACCACGGACUGUAGUUGACGUGAAUUGGGAGG